AUGGGGAUUGACGCCGGUUUCGAUAUGGUUCCUCCUCUGUCUACAGGAGUCGUAGACAGACGAAACUGGGGCCAGUUUAUCGAUUUCAUCAAGGAGCAUUACAAAGCUGACACACAAGUCGAGAUAAAGCCGAAUUACAUCAACUUCAAUGCAGGGGAACAUCCCAAGCUUCCCUUUGAGGGCCACAAAUUUCUGCGUUUCAGUUCGAAGGUCUCAGGGAGGAUUGCAAUUACCUCAGGAGUAGAGCACUAUAUCAAUACUAUUAGAGGUCUUGCACAGGUCCAUUUUGGUUCUCGUAUUCGGUAUUGGAACGAGGGUGCCGAUCAGUAUGGUGUCUAUGACUGGAAUAAAGUUCGUGAGUCAAUCAGGUCUUAUGAGCAGCCAGACGAUUCCGAGAUGCCCACCACUAUCGCUCAAUUCCUCAACGGCACCGAUCCCCUCAAGGAACUUAAAAUCCCACUCUUCGAAAUCAAAGACAUCCCUGGGAAAGGCAAAGGCCUCGUCGCCCGCUUAAAUAUAUCCAGUGGUACCCUCCUACUAUGUGAGAAGCCGCUGCUCAGAAUCCAAUCUAAGCCACGCGAAGAAUUGGAGCCGCUCCUUGUGACGAAGCUGAAGGCCAUGUCGAGAGCGUCGCAGCGUCAGUUCCUAGCCCUCCACAACAACUUUCCAGGCAAGUACCCGUUCAGCGGUAUCGUCAAGACGAAUGCUCUGCCGUGCGGAUCCGGUUCCCAUGUCGGCGGUGUCUAUCCCACAGUGUGCUUCAUCAAUCACAGCUGCAUUCCAAACGCCCACAACAGCUGGAACCGCAGCGAGGAACAUGAAACCAUCCACGCGAUCCGGCCCAUCAAAAUCGGAGAGGAGAUCACAAUUUCAUAUGAUCAUGGGGGCCAGUCGAGUGCACGACAGGAAUUCUUGAAAGAAUCCUUCGGUUUCAUCUGUACCUGCAGUGGCUGCACUCUCCCUCCCUCGUCACUCCGAGCUAGCGACAACCGGCGCACGCAGAUCCAGAUCCUCGACGAAGCCAUCGGGGACCCCUUUCGCAUGAUGACCAGCCCGUAUGAGAGCUUGUGGGACUGCUACUCGCUGCUUCGAAUCCUAGAGCAGGAAUUCGAUAGCCAUCCUGGGGCGCUGGUUGCCAGACUCUACUACGACGCUUUCCAGAUCUGUAUCGCGCAUAAGGAUCAGGCGCGGGCGAGUAUAUUUGCGGAGAGAGCGUAUAAAGUUAGGGUUACCUGUGAGGGUGAGGAUAGCCCUGAUACGAUGCGAAUGAAAUCUCUUGCAUUCUCACCAGCAGAUCAUAGCAGCUUUGGAGUUUAUUCUAAUAAGUGGAAAACAACAAGGGAAUCGCUGCCCAAGGGCCUAGAUACGGUGCAGUUUAAUAAAUGGCUGUUCAGGCAGGAAAGCUAA